AUGAGUCAAGAAUACGCACGAGUUCCCACUGAGGAACCUCCUUCCUACGACACUCCCAGAGUAGCGGGAGAUAAUAUCCCUGACGACUUCAAGUACUCUGUAGAUGUAGCUUCUUGUGAAUUACCCAUUCGUCAACUUUUCAUCAGAAAGGUCUAUUCUUUGCUUGCUAUCCAGAUUCUUGGUACUGUAUUAGUCGGCUUUAUCAUCAGAUCAAGUCCUUCAAUUAAAGAAUGGUGCUUUUCCAACAUGUGGCUCUUUGCCAUUACCAUGAUUGGUUCUAUAGGUUUCCUUGUCGCUACCCAUUUCAAGGCUAGAUCAUAUCCAACCAACUUGUUCUUGUUAGGAGGCUUCACCCUAUGUGAAGCUUACUUGAUCGGUUUAUGUUGCGCCUUUGUAGAGUCCGACAUCCUCAUACAAGCCUUGUUGCUUACAUUCUUCAUCUUCAUAGGUUUGACGUUGUUUGCUUUCCAGACCAAAUACGACUUCACCAGCUGGCAAGGUAUAGUCGGUAUGGGUUUGUGGGCUUUAAUAGGUUGGGGUCUUGUUAUGAUAUUCUUCCCUGGACAUUCAAAGACAAUUGAGUUGAUCUACUCCGGAUUGGGCGCCUUGAUUUUCAGUGUCUAUAUCAUCAUUGAUACCCAGCAGAUAAUGAAAACUGCCCACUUGGACGAUGAGAUUGUCAGCACCAUCCAAUUGUACUUGGAUGUAGUGAACUUGUUCCUCUUCAUCUUGCGAAUCUUGAACAACAGAAACGAUUAGUUAGAAUGUAAUGAUAUCGAAGGUGAAUGAAAGACGAAUGUCGUUUACUAAAAAAUGAAAAGGCAGUGCUAGACACUCAAUUUCACAUCCAAUUGCGAUUUUAGUUCGAACUUUCUACUUCUAUUCUGAAUUUUUAGCUGUUAUUAAAUGUAUAUUUUCAUAUUUACAAUAAAUUAGAUAAAUUCC